GUGACCGGCCCAGAGCGAGAGCAGGGAGCUCUGCGGUCCCUGGCUGUUCUAGGGAGUAGUCUCCCAGCGACAGGGCCUGGCAGGGAGAGAGCGUCCGGGCCGGGGCUAGGGCUGGGCUCUACAUUGACGGGCGCGGCGCGGAGCGAGACCUGGUGACGAUGGCGGGGCCGCAGCCCCUGGCGCUGCAGCUGGAACAAUUGUUGAACCCGCGCCCGCGCGAGGCGGAUCCUGAGGCCGACCCAGAGGAGGCCACUGCUGCCAGAGUGAUUGACAGGUUUGAUGAAGGGGAAGAUGGGGAAGGUGAUUUCCUGGCGGUGGGUAGCAUUAGAAAACUGGCAUCGGCCUCCCUUUUGGACACAGACAAAAGGUAUUCUGGCAAGGCUACCUCUAGAAAAGCUUGGAAGGAAGACACCUGGGAGCAGACUCUGCCAGGUUCAUCUGACAAGGAAAUAAUAUCUGAUGAGGAUGAGUCUGGAGAUGGAGAUUCAGAGGGGCUGGGUCUGGAGGGAUCCGAUGAGGAUGCCAUGAGUGCUGCUGCGGAAGAGGAGUGUGCUGAUGACAGGGACAGUAGUCUGGCCUGGAAGAAGAGGAGCAGAAGCCGCUCUGGGAGAACACCGGGUUUUAGUGUCCAGAGUAUCAGUGACUUUGAAAAAUUCACCGAGGGAAUGGAUGACCUUGGUAGCAGUGAGGAGGAAGAAGAUGAAGAGGAGAGUGGCAUGGAAGAAGGGGAUGGGGAGGAAGACUCCACAAGUGAGAGAGAGGAAGACAGGGCUGGAGACAGGAAUAGUGAAGACGAUGGUGUGGUGAUGGCCUUCUCCAGUGUCAAAGUUUCCGAGGAAGUGGAGAAAGGAAGAGCUGUGAAGAGCCAGAUAGCUCUGUGGGACCAGCUUUUGGAAGGAAGGAUCAAGCUACAGAAAGCUCUGUUGACUACCAAUCAGCUUCCUCAACCAGAUGUUUUCCCUAUUUUCAAAGACAAAGGUGGCCCAGAAUUUGCCAGCGCCCUGAAAAAUAGUCACAAGGCCCUGAAAGCAUUGUUGAGGUCAUUGGUAGACCUUCAGGAAGAGUUACUUUUCCAGUACCCAGACACUAGAUAUCUAGUAGAUGGGACAAAGGCCAAAGCAGAAAGUGAGGAAGAGAUUUCCAGUGAAGAUGAAGAGCUAGUAGAAGAGAAGAAGCAGCAGAGAAAGCCCCCACCAAAGAGGAAGCUAGAAAUGGAGGACUAUCCCAGCUUCAUGGCAAAGCGUUUUGCCGACUUCACAGUCUACAGGAACCGCACACUUCAGAAGUGGCAUGAUAAAACCAAGCUGGCUUCUGGAAAACUGGGGAAGGGUUUUGGUGCCUUUGAACGCUCAAUCUUGACUCAGAUCGAUCAUAUUCUGAUGGACAAAGAAAGAUUACUUCGAAGGACACAGACCAAGCGCUCCAUCUACCGAGUUCUUGGCAAACCUGAACCAGCAGUACAGCCUGUCCCGGAGAGUUUGCCAGGGCAGCCGGAGAUCCUUCCUCAAGCCCCUGCCAAUGCCCACCUGAAGGACUUGGAUGAAGAAAUCUUUGAUGACGAUGAUUUUUACCACCAGCUCCUUCGAGAACUCAUAGAACGGAAGACCAGCUCCUUGGAUCCCAAUGAUCAGGUGGCCAUGGGAAGGCAGUGGCUUGCGAUCCAGAAAUUACGAAGCAAAAUCCACAAGAAAGUAGAUAGGAAAGCCAGCAAAGGAAGGAAACUUCGGUUUCAUGUCCUUAGCAAGCUCCUGAGCUUCAUGGCACCUAUUGACCAAACUACAAUGAAUGAUGAUGCCAGUAACUGCUGCCUUGGCCCAGGCGCUUCCCCGAGAUUGCAGUGCCGAGUGGAAGCAUUUUUGCGCGGACAGAGUUGUAUCGAUCUCUGUUUGGGCAGCUCCACCCUCCUGACAAAGGCCAGCAGGACUGACAGCACCCAUCUCUGUCGCUGCGUGCCUGAGGCAGGACCUCUGAACACACCACGAACGCCUUGGCCAGGGUGGCUCCUCCUCUGGCCCCGAAUGGAGGAAGCAGCCCUCCAGCGGGGUCCAGCUCGUUGGGAAGUCCCGGGAAGGGGUGCGUGCAGAGCACGUGCCUGCUAAGUCCCAGGAAACCUGGAACCAAGUGUCCUGUCUCUCCUGCCCCAGUCUGCCGAGGACCCAGGCCCCGUACCCUUUAACCGUCACAAAUAAAGAGCAUUGCCACUGCCA